UGCUCAUUGCUUUAACCAGAUUAAAGAAUUGAUCAAGUUGCAGAGUCAAAUUUGAGGGCAAUGUCUGCAGAAAUACCCCAAAACCGAACUGUGGUUGAAACAAGUUUAAGCCCGAAGACAGACAGUUUGGGGUCUCAAUCUGUCGGCUCUGUUGUCCAGCAUCACCAAGAAAACCUGUCGAUCUGCCAACAACCUCCAAUGAGUGAAUCUGACCACAGUUUUCCAUCGAAGUCGGUGAGACAGGAGGGGUUUGAGGAACAGCGGAGGUCUGAAAUAUGCAGAGACGCCUGCCAACCUGCCCAACAUAAAAUGUCUAAAAAAGUCCCUCAGGAGAAUCCAGGGCAAAAUGAGCUUCUCCUUCAGCGGCAGGUGAAGCAGUUGCAGAGAGUUUUGCAGGAACAGAACACACUGCUCUCUCUCAUCAGUCCAGGGCUGAUUUUAUCUCCCACAUUCUUAGCGCACUGGCAAGCCCAGACACCUCCGAGCACUUCAGAAGCUGAUCUCAACAACACUUCUGGGAAUUUAGAUCCCUUCAAGGAAAGCUCAACCAAACCUUCAUAUUCUGGCCAGGUUGAGAAUAAAUCAGAAGCUCCGCUGGCAAGUAAUAACACCAAUGAUGUUGUACCGUCAGCAGAGCUCAGAUGCUUGUUUGCUAUUGAAGAAGAGUCUCCAGAACCUGCACAAGACGACUGUCCUCUUAGCCCUUUCGGACUGAGGCAAGGUCUCCCGCCAAACCCAGAGGAAAGGCCUAUUCGACCAGGACUGAGAGAAGAGCAAAAAACAUUUGAAGAGUUUGUUGAAGAACAUCUAAAAACAGACCAGGCUGUUCUCCAAUAUGAGAAUGAGGCUAGUACACAACUCAAAGGAGCAGAGAAGAGGAAUUUUCUUCGUAAAGGAGAAGGAACAUCUAAAAUUUCGAAGGUUAAGGACUGUUCACUAAGUCUAAAGAGGAGAUGCUCUGUUAGUUCACAAAUAAUGAACAUGAAGCCCAGUCAGCCGCCAGUACGACCCACUGAAGAGAUACCAAAUGGGAGCAAUCCUGCACUGAAGGGUGUGGGAAACCUCAGUGACCAAAAACCUGGCUUGAAGAAGACCAUUGCUCUACAAGUUGAUGAUUAUCUAUCAAACAACAAAGGGAAAGUCAAAGCUUUGACUGCUAAUACUGCCAUCAAUGCAGUCUCUCUUAAAAGCAAGCGCAGGGAAGGAGUUGUGAAGAAUUAUGGUAGAACAAAUGGAAGUAAGCCAAGUGGAUCUGCUCCGGCACAAAGCAGGAGUGUUGGCUUUAAAAAAGUGAAUGACCACAUUGUCAAAAUCCAUGAGAAAAACUACCAUCAAAGGGAACAUACCAAAGAAGUCCAUUUGAUGGAUGAGGUGAUGGAGUCACUGGCUCUUAGUGAAUCUAACGACAGCACUUGUGAGGACGGACCCAACUCUCAGCCUCACAGUCCGUUUCCUCAUUAUCUUUCAAGGCACACGGAUCACAAAGAUCAGAGUCUGGAUCUGUCGGAUGGAGACUAUGCUAGUGAUGCCCCGAGUGAGAUUCAAUUCAAUGAAGAACAUUCAUCAACUCCUACGUCUAGUUGUUCGAGCUUCAGCAGUGACUCUGAACUCAAGAGCUUAGAGGGGUCUAUGGCUAAGUGCUCCAAGAAAACAGAAGAAAGAAGGACCCCAGUGAUUUUAGACCACCUUCUGUUACUGACACUCUCACAAAGACAUUUCCAAAAGUCAAGGUUACUCCAGAAGACGUCACACAUGGCAUGGAGAAAGAGAAACCAUAUACUUCAAUCAGGACUGAGAUGGAAGAGCAUGGUUUCAAAGGAGAGGAUGGCUGCAAACCUUUCAGGCUUACGAGUGAACUUCAUGAACCUCAGGAUCUGAGACAGCAGAUCUCAUCUCUGAAGCAGCAGUUGAUGGAGAGGGAGUCGCACUGGUCACAGGCACACAGUCUCCUCCAGAGCCACGUG